ACGAUUGCUCCCGCAGGUCAAGAUAAAGACGAGCUUUCUGUAGCUUCCACCAAAGAAGAAGAAGCCCAGAAGAACAUUCUUGUUCUCUUCUCAUCCCUCCUUUCCUUCCUCGACACCCCAUCUCUCCUCUUCCAGCUCAUAGUAGGAGCCCACAACCAGAAGAGGCAAGUGCCUAGGAGAAGCCGCGACGUUUUACGAACGCCCAGCAAAGCCAGAGUCCCCUCCUCCGCUCCUCUCCUCCCUUCAUCAGCAGUUCCUCCUCUCGAGACACCCCCCACCCCUCUCACAUACACCUCCCACCCCCCCACCCCCAUCUACGACACCAGGAUGGACCGCUCGGUGCAGGAGCUCUUCCUCAACUUCAUGAUCGUCUUAAUCACCGUCCUGCUGAUGUGGCUGCUGGUGAAAACCUACCAGGACUGAACCAUGGAGCAAAAUAAAUAAAUAAAAUCCGUGGCAGGAGGUUGAGACGGGAAAUGGCAGGAGGAGGAGGAGGAGGAGGGGUGGAAAGAUGGAGAUGGGGUAGAGGGAAGGCAGGUUGAUUCAGCGUGCCUUAUCUAGCCUGGUUAGUGCCAGACUUUGCCAUUGAACAAUAUCACAGACACUGCGUUGACAUCUUUUCAUUCGCACCGGAGGCUGUGUUCGUAAAACUGAUGAGAAUAGGAAGCAAGCAUCCACAUUAACUAGCAUGGUCAAGGGCUGCAGUAGUAUCUAAUCAAACUAGGGUAGAAAAAAAAAGUCAAAACAUGGCAGAAAGCUAAUCCAGAUUUGCCAUAAUGUUCCAGCCCCGCUUAAAUCACCGGCAGACCGGAUUUCGUAUCCUGCAAUACUUCAUGGAUACAGUGAAGGAAUGUGGUGAACCUGGAGUGGGAAAAUGAGAGUGGGUUUUUUUUUUUUUUAGCUGUGUCACCCUCUCCUGGGUCAUGUUAUGUUAUGUAAUCCAGUACAGCUCACCUCAUUUCCUCAUUCAACGAGGUUUGAAUGAAACAUGCCGUUUUAGUCUCGGUCUCCCUUCAUUAUGGAGCGUGUUGAAUGCUCCCGCAUACCAAGAGUGGAUGCAUCAACCACACUUGUUUUACUGACAGAGAAGAAAGUCAACAUCAACCACUUAGCAUUGCAUUAUGUUUACUUUUUGUUGCCAUA